AUGAGUCCGGGGAAUCGGAGCGGGUGGGACAUUUGGGGUCGCAUCAAUUGGGAAAUACGAGGCUUUACUACCGCGUGUCGUGAUCUGAAGGUGGUAGUGAGAUUGAUCGGACAGUGGUUGGAGCGCGGGCUGGGGUCAGUGGUAGGGAUAGGGGCGGAGGAAGAGCCUUCAGUGGUUGAGGUGACGAGCUCGUCAGAAGAGCGAAAGGGGGAUGAAAAUGUAGAGGGUGAUCUUGAUGCCGAGGCUAAAGUUGAUGCAAGGAAGGAUGUCGAGGACCUUGACAGUGCUCGGGUAGAUCUGGAUGGGGUGCCUGUGAGAGUGAGUACGGCACGAAGUGUGGGAGGGGCUUCGUGCUCAUACAGGCAGGGUUUGCCCAUGCACCCGUACUUUUACGAAGAGGGGAGUGGUCGGUGGAUACAGUGCCGACGCAUAUGA